AUGAAAUUUUCCACCAUCGCCUCUCUCUUUUCCAUUGCAGCCUUUGCAUCGGCCCUGAUUGAUAAGCUCCUGCCUGCUGCUUGCCCCAUCCUCGACACUGACUUGGAAGAUUUCUUCUUGGUGAUUGGCGAAAACGAAUGGUUCUUCUAUUUGGGUUCUGGAGACUCCAAUGUCCUCCACACUCUCCUUAUCAACUCAGACGCAGAGGGCAAGUUCGAUUUCUGGAUUGGUGAAAACGCCAUCAAGGACUGUUCCUGUUACCCCAACACUCAACCGGACUACUCAGUUGCCCCCGGCGAAAAGCUCCAGCUCGAAUUGGAUGUGACCCCCAACAUGCUCUACGGGGUCAGAGUCAAGGGUAUUUCUGAGGCUUGGGACAUUGUUUCCAGUCCUGUUUCCCACAGAUGGGGUCCAACUGUUCCAAUUGAAAAGUGUCCAAGAAAGUAG